AAGUUAUUUAUUGUGACAGGAAAAAAACAAAACAAGAAGCUCCUAAAAAGGUCAUAAAUGUGAGAACUUUUCCACAGAAAUCUCAGUCAGUUAUGCCUGAGACAGAGAGAUGAUUAUAACAGAGUAAAAAUAGCAUUAACAUUAAAAAUGUUGAUGACAGAAGUAAAGCUAAAAUCUCAACAAGCCACAGUUACAUACAUGUUAAAGGGAAAGAUCAAACAGUACUGAAAUGAAGAAGUGGGCAUUACGGGGCUUCCCCAGUGAAAUAACUGAACUUGGAGCACAAAAUAAUAAAUAACAUACCAGUAAUGCGCGGAGGGAAGGCUUCUAAGAAAAUGUAUAAGAUCACAGGGAAUUUCUACAAUAGCACGAGUUAGAGGUGGGCAGAUUGAUGCAGUUAUCAAUAGUAUUGAUACCAAUGCUGGCAUUGUUACUGGAGAUAUACUACUGCAAUAGGAUUGGUACUUUGUUUCUGUCCUCUCUAACAGCAGUGAUCCAAACACAGCAGACUGUGCUGGCAGCAGUGGGAGAAGAUGCUGAAUUCAGCUGUCAGCUCUCGGAGACUAAAGACGUCCUUCAGGUCACAUGGCAGAAAAUCUCACAAGAUGUGGAGACAAAUGUUGACACCUAUAGCAAUUACUUUGGCCAGAGAGUGGAUGAUGGCUUUACAGAUAAAUUUAAGUUUUUAAUCACCUACUAAACAAAAAAAUCAACAAAAAAACAUUACAUGUCUGUUUCCCCCCCUAAAGCGUCACCACAUGGCUAUGGAAACAUCAGAGCGACAGCUUAGGUCAAGCGAUUUGCGGACAAAGUUCAAGUUGAAGGGUGAAAUAAUUUGGACAUGUGCAGAGGAGGGAGGGUGGAUGUACUGGACAAUAGGUGUUGGAGCUGAAGCUGCCAGGAAGGAGGAAAAGAGGAAGACCUCAGACAAUAUUCAUGGAUGUAGUAAAGGACAUGGAGAGGGUGGGUGUGACAGAGAACAGAUGGGGUGAAAUGGAGGCAGCUGAUCUGCUUUGGCGACCCUUAAAAGGAAGGCUGAGAAAUAAAUAAAUUCAUACAUAUGAAUUUAAAAUAACAAUUACCAAUAGAUGAAGCUUUACUGAAUUUUCAAAAUGCAGAAAAAUAAUGAUUGAGUUGGCUGAUUAAAAGACUGAUGAAACUCUACUGCACUGGGAAGUUUUUGUACUUUACUUGGUACAGUUUAUCAUUCUAACACACCUUGGAAUGUCCCACAAGGAAGGGAGAUUCUUCCUUUGGGGAAAUUUGAGUUUUCAAUAAUUUGGCUAUUGUGUGAUGUUGUUUCAAUACGUGGUACAAUAGCCAGUGGGGACACAGAGAUGUGCACCAUGUCAGACUGUGGGAUUAUGUGUUUGUUUUUUCUUUUUAUGACCUUUUCAAAAGAUAUCUACAUGAUGUCCAAAAAAAAUAUCCAGUCCAAGGUUCUAAUGUUGAACGCCAUAUUGAUGUCCAGCUUAAAUCAUGGUUGGACCUCCAAAUUGUGGAAAAAGUUAAAAAGCAGUACAGACCUCCAGAAUUGGUCAUGGACCAACAGACCCAGUAAAGACAUGAUCUCUCUAACAGCAGUGAUACAAACACAGCAGACUGUGCUGGCAGCAGUGGGAGAAGAUGCUGAAUUCAGCUGUCAGCUCUUGGAGAUUAAAGACGUCCUUCAGGUCACAUGGCAGAAAAUCUCACAUGAUGUUGAGGAGAAUGUUGCCACCUACAGCAAGCAGUUUGGUCAGAGAGUGAAUGAUGGCUUUACAGAUAAAUUUGAGCUUAAACAUACUGGACUGCAGAACUGCUCCAUAUUCAUCAGGAAUGUGACGGAGCAGGACGAAGGAUGCUAUCACUGUCUUUUUAACACAUAUCCCGAAGGCUCCUUCACUGGUAGAACCUGCCUCCAAGUCUAUGAGCUGCAUGAACCUGUUGUUGAUGUCAGAGAGUCAAACUCUACUGAAGAGUGGGUUGUUUCCUGUUCAGCCACUGGUCGACCUGCUCCCACUGUAACACUCAGUGUCUCACAACAAGACCUCAGCUUCUCACAGUACAACACUGUCAAUGUGUCCAACACCAACGCUACAUUCACUGUCACCACUACAGCUGUGCUCUCAGGUUCUCACAGAGAGGUGAUGGUGAUGGUUCCUGAUGAUGAUGAUGAUGAUGAUGAUCUUGAUGAGAAAUCAGGAUCUAAUCCCAGGAAUUUAGAUUCCACCUCAAUCAUUGUAGUAGCUGCAGUGGUGUUGAUGGUCUUUGCCUGUGUAGCUCCACUUGUCACUAUUCGUGUUAAACAAAAACGGAAGAAGAGGCUACGUGACCAUCGUUGCCAUUUGAGCAUGUGCAGUCCAGCUCAAACCAGUUCAUUACUGAUGGGAUGAAAACUGCCUGUGAGGCAGGCAGCCCUACAUUAUUGUGGAGGAUGAAGGUUUCAGGUUCUUUGUCCAAAACCCCACCAACAUCCUGCCAUCAAGAAAGGUGCUCAAAGAAAUGGUGGAGGAGAAGGAGGUUUUCUAUGAACAUGGAUGGUGACUUGCCACGAUAUCACAAGUGACACAAAAAUGGCAACAGCUCUGCUCGGGGUGACCAGGUUUCGUCAGUCUCAUACAGCUGAGCAAAUAAUGGAGGCAAAAAGUGUGCUCAUGACUAAAUGUGUAGUAACGUUCAAAAACUCCCUGCCUGGUUACCUCAAAUGCAGCAAACAUGGCUUUAAGUGUGCAGCUGUUAAACAGAUCCAUCUGCAAGGCCAAAGGAAAAACUGGUAGAGACACAAGGCUUGAUGGGCAGACCUCCACUGACACUGAUUCAAGAGGUGGAGACAAGGUGGAAGAGCACAGUUGGCAUUUUGGAAUAGCUGUAUGAGCAGCAUGAGCCAGUGGAUGCAGCGCUUUCCAACCUUAGCAGCAACAUUGUUCCUCUGACAAGUUGUGAAUAUGGACUGAUUCAUGAAUGCACAACAUUACUUCAAGCAUUUAAGCUCGCUACAACAGAACUGUUCGCAAAAAGGUUUUCCAAGGCUGGGGAGAUAA